AAUUAGACCAGAUAGUACUGUUGAAUGUUAUGGAGAGUCUCCCACGAGAAAUUGCUGGCGAUAUACUGUCAAGACUGCCUGUGACAUCUUUAGUUAACGUAAAGUUUGUUUGCCGAUCAUGGCGCAAAUUAUUACAAGACAGUCUUCUUGUCUUUAUGCUUUUUCUUCGCACCACAAAAAAGGAUCCAUGUCUAAUCUUACACAGCGUCCAUCCUAUCAAACACUAUGUUGCAGAUUUUCCCUCGGAUGAUUCUAAUCCUAACCAACUCUAUGUUGCGGAUUUCUCAUCUGAUGGAGACAGAAUUGUGGUUGUCAAGAAAAUCCGCGUACCGACCUUGCCUGAGUUCUAUGUGACAGCUUCAUGUAAUGGUCUGCUAUGCUUAUGUGAUUCAUUACACAGCAGCAAACUCUUUAUAUACAAUCCUUUCACAAUGGAUGUUUUGGCGCUCCCAGAUUCUGCACAGUAUCCGAAUCAGCAGGUGGUUGUUGGAUUUGGUUUUUCCUCCAUGGAGAAUUAUUACAAAGUUGUUAAGAUUGUAUAUUACAGCCAUAGAGGAAGUAUCCGUCCCUAUGGAGGUAAUCUCCCACAAUCAAGCGUUGAAAUUUUGAGCCUUCGCAGCCUCACCUGGAGAAGUUUAGGGGAGAUUCCUUACCAAAUCUUUGGCAAGCGGCCAUCACAGGUUUUGGUCAAUGGGAGACUAAAUUGGGCAACUUGGCCCAUAUACCGGUGUAGUUCAGCUCGUUUGAUUGUCUCGUUUGACCCAUCAGAAGAGAAGUUUUACGAAGUUCCAAGGCCUGACUGUGGCAGCUUGGACAAAUUUAAUCAUAAUCUGGUGGUUCUAGGAGGUUGUCUUUCUGCAUCUGUCUAUAGAAAAGAAGGAUAUUUUGAGAUCUGGGUUAUGAAGGAAUAUAACGUGAAGGAAUCUUGGAUCAAUCUAUACAACAUAGACAUAAUGGAUCAAUCCUUCGAGAACUCAGGGCUACACUUAAAACGUUCACAUGCUCGAGUUAUAUGCCUUUUGAAGAACGGAGAGAUCUUAUUGGAGAUGACAGUCACAAAAGCGCUGCUCAGUUUUGAUCCAAAAUCUAAAACCUUUAAGCAUCUUGCAUUUCAUGGAUUACCAAGAUGGUAUGAAACCCUUGUCCACUUGGGGAGUCUCCACUGGAUCGACACACAUGUGGUUGCUACUUGAUGCAGGUGGAGCAAUAAACAGACGUGUAUGUCCAUCUGCGGUCUGCCCCCUCCCUGCUUUUUU